AUGGCAGCGGCUAGAAGAAGAAACCAUUGGAGGCUUGUCACUGCCCCCGUCCUGCUAGUGCUACUACUCGCCUCACCAUGCCGAUGCACAGGCGCUGCACCGGCGACGACGAUGAACGCCACCACAGACGACGACUUGCGAGCUCUCCUCUCCUUCAAGGCCCUCAUCAACGGCGACCCGGAGGGGGCGCUCUCCUCGUGGGUGAACACCAGCGACCCCUGCGGAGGCUGGCGGGGCGUGGGGUGCCACUCGCUCCGGCACCCUCGCCGCGUCACCAGCGUGGAGCUCACGUCCUCCGGCCUGUCCGGCACGGUGUCCCCCUACCUCGCCAACCUGACCUUCCUCCGCACGCUCAACCUGUCAGGCAACCUCCUCGCCGGCACCAUCCCACGGGAGCUCGGCUCCCUGCGUCGCCUCUCCGAGCUUGACCUUAGCGACAACAACCUGCAAGGUGAGAUCCCUUCGUCCCUCACGCGCUCCUCCAGACUUCGUGCACUACUUCUGGGGCGCAACAGCCUGGUGGGAGAGAUCCCCGCCAACUUGAGCCACUGUCGCCACCUCGAGGUCUUGGACGUUGGCGUCAACAACCUCACCGGCCAAGCUCAUCCACUGCUACUUGGCCUCGCCUCUCUCUCCAACCUCAAGAAGCUUCGCCUCUACACCAACAAUAUCGUGGGCACCAUCCCUUGCUCUCUUGGAAACCUUACAUCUCUAGUGAUUUUGAGCAUGGGUAGAAACAGAUUAGUAGGCGAGAUACCAGAAUCCUUUGGACAAAUGACCAAGUUGCGGUAUCUCCAUUUAGCCUUCAAUGAGCUCUCGGGCACCAUCCCGGCAUCCAUCUUUAACUUGUCUUCAAUCAGACAGAUCCAGCUGAGUCACAAUGAUUUGUCUGGUGUUAUCCCGAAUGAUGUUGGAUCUACUCUCCCAAACCUCGAGUUUUUGUUGCUCUAUUCUUGCAAUUUCCAUGGAAGGAUUCCCGGCUCAUUAGGAAAUGCUUCUCAACUCGUAAUGAUUGAACUUGCCAACAAUCAGCUCCAUGGAUCUGUGCCACUCAACAUUGGCAGCUUGAGAAACCUCGAGGUGCUGGCACUAGAGAAUAACCAGCUACUAGAAGCAAGUUGGCAAAAGGAUUGGGACCUACUGGCAUCCUUAGCAAACUGCACUCAGCUUUUCGCACUGGCCCUAUCCUCUAAGCGUUUCCGGGGUCCAUUUCCACCAUCCAUUGCGAAUCUAUCUUCAAUUGAGAUGAUGUAUCUCGAGGGUAACAGCAUAUAUGGCGAAAUCUCUCCAGAUAUCACAAAGCUUGAGAAACUUACCAACUUCCAAAUUGGUGGCAACUUGUUAACCGGCACAAUACCGGAAACAAUUGGGGAGCUUCACGACCUUCAAGUCCUAGAAUUAUUCGGGAACAACAUUCAGGGACUAAUCCCUUCUACAAUUGGUAACCUCACACGCCUGUUCCGUCUUGUCCUUUCUCACAAUAACUUGAUGGGAUCCAUUCCUACAAGUUUUGGAUGGCUGGACCGCAUGGCCAGUCUAGACUUAUCACACAACCAACUGAGAGGUACUAUACCAACACAACUAGUCAGCCUCACCUCUUUAACCAAGAAACUGGAUCUUUCUCAUAACUUUCUUCAUGGUCAAAUCCCAUUUGAGAUAGGAAGUUUAAUAAACCUGGUGCAGCUCGAUUUUUCAAACAAUAAACUAUCAGGAGAGAUUCCCUCACCUCUUGGAAAAUGUACUGAGCUUGCCAGUCUUGGUCUCCAAAAUAACAUCCUCACUGGUCGCAUCCCCCUAUCACUUGGUAGCUUGAAAGGGAUACAAGAAGUAGAUCUUUCAGGAAACAACUUGACUGGACAAAUUCCAACUUUCUUUGACUCCUUGCCCUUCUUGGUUUACAUGAAUAUCUCCUACAACAACCUUGACGGUCCCAUUCCAGUAAGUGGUGUCUUUAGCAAUGCAAGUAGAAUCUUCUUGGCCGGCAAUCAGGUGUGCGGUGGUAUUCCACAGUUACAUCUCCCACACUGCACUCCCAAAUCAUCCGAUGGUAAGAAGCAUACACCAAGGAGAUAUUUGCUCAUCAUCAUAUGCACUGUUUUCGGAGCAUUAUCAAUAUUUGUUAUGCUCUUCCUAUAUGGCAUGUGCCGGUGCUCUAAAAGGCAACAGGGGGAGGGGCUGCAACCACUUUCAGAGGAUAAUCAUUGGCAAGUCUCAUUCCUUGAUCUACAGAGAGCAACGAACCAUUUCUCUCCAGAUAGUCUUGUUGGGACGGGAAGUUUUGGAGCUGUGUACAGAGCAACUUUGCACAACAGGGAGGUUGCAAUAAAGGUGCUGAACCUUUUGCAACAAGGGGCCGAGGGAAGUUUCCUGCGCGAAUGUCAUGCCUUGAGAAGCAUGCGUCAUCGGAAUCUUGUAAAGAUCAUUACGGUGUGCACAAGUGUUGACCACCAAGGAAAUGAUUUCAAAGCUUUGGUGUAUGAGUUCAUGCGCAACGGGGACCUUGACAGUUGGCUACAUACAAGUCAAGUCAUGGAGGGUGAAGCACCAAGGAUGUUGACCAUGGUGCAAAGGGUGAACACUGCACUCGAUAUUGCCCAAGCACUUGAUUAUCUGCACAACCGGGGUCAAUCACCAAUUGUUCAUUGCGAUAUGAAGCCAAGCAAUGUGCUUCUAGACAAUGACAUGGUCGCACACGUAGGGGAUUUUGGGCUAUCACGAUUUGUUGAUAAGAUGAUGAACAGCGGCUCAACGGAGGAUCCAAAUGCUGGAAGAUCUUCUGGAAUUAGAGGAUCCAUCGGAUAUAUUGCUCCAGAAUACGGGAUGGGUGGGGAAGUCUCCAUUGAUGGUGAUGUAUACAGCUACGGAGUGAUCCUUCUUGAGAUGUUCACGGGAAAGAGUCCCACGGAUGGCAUGUUCCAAGGGGACCAUACUCUGCGAUUCUAUGUUGCGUCAAACUAUCCGGACAGAGUUACUGAAAUUGUUGACCCAGCAUUGUUACAAGCCGAGCAAUGCAGCGGAAUUACAAAGAGGAUACCAGAGGAUACCAGGUUACAAGGGUGCCUAGUGGCGGUCUUCCACGUUGGGUUACAAUGCACGGAGGAAUCACCAAGAACAAGAAUGAGCAUCAGAGAUGCCAUAAAUGAGCUGUAUUAUGAUGUGGCCAUCAGCGCUGAAGUUCUUGUAUCAUGUCCGAACAUUGCUCUAGCUACACCGGACCGGAAGGAGUUUCAAGUGGCAGGACAAAGGAGAAAGACAACCCGUAUUUUAGGAGAUGUUCCAUGUGCUAUGGAGGAUAAGGGAAUGAACUUGGGUCAUGAUAAUUUGAUGCAACAAGUUUUAAUUGGUUCAAUGCUGCUCCAUAUUACUCAACCGUAG